GGGGAGGGGCUGCAGCGCCCACCUGGGGAGUCCGUGCGGACCUCCAGCAGUUCAUGCCUGCGCCGUUCUUUCUUCUUCUCCCCUCGACGGCCAGAUGGUGCCCGACCGUGUCUACGUGGGCCUGGCCGUGCUGCGCCAGGUGCAGAUGCCGCUCAUGAACAUGCCGACGUUUGUCACCCAGCUGUUCGAGUUUCUCGUCGCGAAGAAGCGGGUCGAGCGCUUCCUCGCAUUCGUGGAGGAGCAGCACUCGGACGGGUCCGUCGGCGACGGGUCUGCAGAGCUGGGCGAGGUGCGCAUCGAGAGCGCAACGUUUGCCUGGGACGCCGAUGUGAAGAGGAAGGCCGUCGACGUAAUGAGGGCGAUCGACAAGGGCAAGGGCAAGGGCAAGGGCAAGGGCAAGGGCCAGGCAAAGGGCGAGCCAGAGAGCGAGAAUCGAGGGUGAGGGCAGGGGCCCGGGCGCGCUCGAGCGCGGGACCGGCCGCGGGGCCGCGGAGGCGCAGCACGCCUUCCAGCUGAGGGACAUCUCCGUUGCCAUCCUGGCCGGCGAGCUCGUGGCCGUGGUGGGGCCGACUGGCAGCGGCAAGACGAGCCUGCUGAUGGCCAUCCUGGGCGA